AUGCCUGCCGCCGGUUCUAACGGUCGCUCCAAUCGCGCCAGUACGGCCAAAAUCACUCCAACUACUUUAGUGGUGACUUUGAAACUGUCUCCCGGGGCCCUUCAGCAGUUUGAGCCUGCCCCCGUCGACCAAACUCCUUCCUCGCAACCCAACCCUGAAAAGGGUACUGAACGCUCCUCACCAGCCUCUUCUGCUGAAGCCGCCGUGCCUCGUCCUUCCUCUGCCGAUAACGCAUCAGAUGUCGACGCCACCUCAACUCCUGCCGCUGGGGCAACCCCUGGGGACACUCCUCGCCGGAAGGGAGUUCCGGGCCCUAAGCCGGGCAACAAACGAACCAAUGGACAGACGGAACCUACUGCGCGUUCAAGAGGUAGACCAGGACCAAAGAAGAAACCCCGACUUGAGGAAGGUGCCGAUGCGAGCAAGCUGGCAGCUGGCCACCGUCUAGGCCCGAAGGCCAACACCGGCGCGAUUAAUGCAGGUCUGCGAGCUCUCGACCGCACCGGGGCUCCGUGUCGCAAGUGGGAUCGACAGCCAUUUAAGCUCCGCAGCUUCACGGGUGUCGCCUGGGAACUCCCCGCAUGGCAUACGUUUAAAUCCAUCCAUAUCGAAUCCGAAGAGAAUAAGGACGCAGUACUUGAGAGCGGCGACAGUGAUACCAAGGCCCACCUGGUAGCCCCCGGCGCCGAUACUGUCAAUGGCAGCAGUGCAGUCCCUAGCGAGAAGAGCGCUGCUGGAGAUAUAACACCCGCCCCUUCCAACCUGGUUGAGCCCUCCUCUCCAGCGAUUGCCAUGACGGCAUGA